CUCACAGGCAGCUCCCGCCGCCAGGGGGCGCCCGCGAGCCUCGUGCCGCUCUAGGCCGCGCUUCCGGCGGUGAGUAGCUAUCCCAGAGUUCCGCGCGGCCCCGGGCCUUCCGCCGCCGCCACCGUCGCAGAACCGCAGCCAUGGCCCUGCGCUACCCCAUGGCCGUGGGCCUCAACAAGGGCCACAAGGUGACGAAGAACGUGAGCAAACCGAGGCACAGUCGCCGCCGUGGGCGCCUCACCAAGCACACCAAGUUCGUGCGGGAUAUGAUCCGGGAGGUGUGCGGCUUCGCGCCCUACGAGCGGCGCGCCAUGGAGCUGCUCAAGGUCUCCAAGGACAAGCGGGCGCUCAAGUUCAUCAAGAAGAGGGUGGGCACGCACAUCCGCGCCAAGAGGAAGCGCGAGGAGCUGAGCAACGUGCUGGCCGCCAUGCGCAAGGCCGCCGCCAAGAAGGACUGAGCCCAGGAGUGAGCCCGGAAUAAAGCUUUGCUUUGCGGGAAGGGAAA